UGCAUUCUGGCGUAUCCAGAAAUCUAUAUGUUUUGCCUGAAUGGCGUUGUACUGUCGCAAGCAUCCAAAUAAUCGUUUCUACCAAUUCGAAUGGCCCAAGUGACAUGUGUGUUUUUUUUUGCCUCUUGGUAACAUUGUGAGGUCGUGGGAUGGAAAAGUAGACCUGUAGGUUCGUGAGCCAGCCACUCAAUUCAACCCACUUUGGAACCUAAUUCACACCAGCUGUUUGGGCGCUUGUUGCUGAAGUUCUGUCUCUCACAAUCAAGUUUCAAUAACACCUGCAGUCCAAUAUCACAAAAUCAAAAGUUCUCAACUUUCCACUUCCCUGUGACUCAUCCGGGCUCGUAUCAGCAUACGUGGGUACCUCAACUCAAGCACCCAGUUCAACAAAUCCUGCACGUAGCCACGCCAUGUCACAGCCCAAAAACUGGCCCUCGGGUCUGUCAUACCUUUCGGCGCCGGCGCACUCCAAGCUCCUGAGCCAAGCACAACGGCAAGCCAUCGCACAGAAACCACCAGACGUGCCCGACAUCCCCGCGCACGCCACCGUGCUCCCCAGCCCGCUGGUCAAGAUCACGCCCAUCACGGACACGGGGCACCCGGCCCAGGGCCAGUGCGGGCUCUUUGCGACGCGGCACCUCAAGCCGGGAACGUUUGUCCUGCCGUACCUAGGCACGGUCCACCCUGGGGCCGGGGCCUUGGGAGCCGAAGCCGGGACGGAGAAGUCGGAUUACGACCUCUGGCUGGACCGGGAGGCAGAGGUGGCGGUGGACGCGGACAAGGGCGGGAACGAGGCGAGGUUCAUCAACGAUUAUCGGGGCGUCGGGGAGAGGCCGAAUGCGGAGUUUCGGGAGGUUUGGUGUCAGAGAUGGAGGCAGAAGUGUAUGGCUGUAUGGGUGCUGCCCGAGGGCAAGAAUGGACGGGGGAAGGGGGGUAUUGGGAAGGGGGAGGAAAUUUUGGUAAGUUAUGGGAAGGGGUUUGGGGAGUCGGAGGAAUGAGGAGGGAUGAGGUCUUUUUGGCAUCAGGAUUGUUUUUGUAGAUAAAAUCACCUCAUCUGAUGAUAUUAUCAACAAUAGGUUGUUUGUUUUCGAACCAUUUUUUCGGCCAAGUGGCUAGGACUGACGUCCAUCUCAUUCUAGAAUGAUAAAGAGAAAAGUCAAGAUGAAUUUCAAGGCAGCCAACUUCAAG